AUGCCGCAUGCAGCGCUGAGAGUGCUGCUUCGUUCGCCUCCUUCCCUCCUCGAGCUGCUCUUCUUCGGGCCUGUGGAUGCUCGAACCCUCGACCUCCUUUCCUCCACGACGACACAGUGUCUGAAGCGAUUCCUGGAGAAGGACAUCGAGAUCGAGAGGAAGCAGAUUCAGUCGCCGAUUGUUGUCAGCAUCUUACGAUUCAACCUCUCCCACUCUCCACGCUUAGACUUGUUGGACCUGUGGAACAUCCUGCACGUGCACUGGUUGGACGCCAUCGAGCUCGAGGGCUGGAAGGUCUCGUCGAUCAGCAUGCGGGAAGGGAACUCAGAAGCCCGCAAGGACGAAGACCAUGUCUACGAAGAGUGCAUAUUCGAAGAGAGCGAGGACAAGCUUGAGACUAGCGUGAAGCAGGAGGUCCAGGAAGACAGCAGAGCUUCGGGGUUGCCGCUCCCAAAGGUGGUUGAGCAGCUCGUGAAGGAAGGGACGUCGCUGCAGUGGAACUCAUCAUCUGGGUCCGGCAGCUCGAGCCGACUGCCAGGCUUGUGUACUGACUUGAAGUGA